AUGGGCAGGAGACUCUGCGCGUGGGCUUGUGCGACUUGUGGCAUCUGGCCGUGUUUCUUGUCUCUUGUCACGACGGCAAGUCAUGUCAUUUGUGACGGCAGACAAGACAAGGGCGGCCAUUUCCUCGAAAAUACACCCGGGGGCGAAGCAAUCCGUCCCGACAAGACAGCUGCACAGAAGACAAAGGAACAACAAAAGCUCAAGAUGGGCGGUUCCCAAUUCAAGGUCAGCCCGUGGCUCAUCACUGGACCAGGGGCAGGGGAGUUCCGUGGUGAGCGCAAAUACGUUUUGCGGAUUUAUGAGGAGCGUUGCCAAUUUAUGGUGCCGUAG